GGCACCUCCGCUGCCGCCUGCCCUCAACAAGAAAGCCUCGAGAGAGUCUCCCUUUGUAUUAAAAGUCAGAAACGCGCCAGAAGACUGGUUCUACCAGCCCCCGAGCCACGAGCCCACGGCGAUCUCUUUGAGCCCCUGACAGGGCCUUACUUCGUAUACGGAAUAUUGAAGGACCCAAAAAUGCUAGGCGAUGUCCUUGGACUGGAAGAAAAGCCCGCGCUGCGACCCGCCGAGGUCUCUGUUGCUCAUGCGAAGAGAUUGGCGGAGUACAAGACCAACAGCUACAGAGCCAAGCCAUGCUUUAUUCAGUAUACAGAUGGAAAGGAGCCUGAUGAGGACUUUGGCCAUAUUUUCAUCUUCGUCUUUGAUCCAAGGGAUCUACAAGAGGGGGAGUUUGAUCUGGGAAAAUGGUUGAAGCGAGUGGGACGAUCAUCUGGAUAAAACAUCAUAAAGAUGGAAAGUGUAAUUGAG